UCCUGCAGCCUCUCUGCUCAUCAAUAAGCUGCAUUAUCCAGUCGUCUAAUCAUGUAAGGAGGGACAGACAAACCCUGACUGCAACAUCACUGCAUGUGUGUGUGAGCAGUUGACGGGGAGGAAGAAGAGGAGGAGGAGGGAGGGGUGUAUCCGUGCUGCAAGCUUUUCCCUGUUGUAGUAACCGACUGCACGCCUCCUGCCAGCCAUUACUUCACUGCAGCAGCAGCAGCCUGUCCGCCCUCAGCGAGCCAGACACGCUAACCUGUCUGUUCCCUCCUCUUUUUGCUCCCUUUCUCUCCCCUUCUCUCUGCAUACUCAGCAGAGCCGCCCUUCCUCUCCUCAUCAUCACUUUGCCACUCCUGCGGCAGUGCUCUUUGCUUGAAGGGGACACCGGCCUGCUCCUCACCCACUGAUUCUGCAUGACUGUCACAAAGAUGUCAUGGCGUCCGACCUACCGAAGCUCCAAGUUUCGAAACGUUUAUGGGAAAGUGGCAAACAGAGAACACUGCUUUGAUGGCAUCCCAAUUACCAAGAACGUCCAUGACAACCACUUCUGCGCCGUCAACUCAAAGUUCCUCGCCGUCGUCACAGAGAGCGCUGGCGGGGGCUCCUUCAUUGUUGUACCUAUAUCACAGUAUGGUCGCCUGGACUCUCACCAACCAAAAGUUUGUGGUCAUCAAGGCAAUGUGUUGGAUAUCAAGUGGAAUCCGUUCUUUGAAAACAUCAUAGCCUCCUGCUCCGAGGACACCUCGGUUCGGGUGUGGGAGAUCCCAGACAGUGGUCUGAGACGGAACAUGACAGAAGCAGUGAUGGAGCUUUAUGGCCACAGCCGCCGAGUGGGUCUGAUCGAGUGGCAUCCCACCACCAGCGGCAUCCUGUUCAGUGCAGGCUAUGACUACAAGAUCCUGAUCUGGAACCUGGAGAUUGGGGAGCCGGUGAAAAUGAUUGACUGCCACACUGACGUCAUCCUCAGCAUGUCCUUCAACACCGACGGCAGCCUGCUGGCCACCAGCUGUAAAGACAAGAAGCUGCGAGUCAUUGAGCCACGCUCAGGGAGAGUCCUGCAGCAAGCGAGCUGCAAGAACCACCGUGUAAACCGAGUGGUCUUCCUGGGCAACAUGAAACGGCUGCUCACCACUGGGGUUUCUCGCUGGAACACCCGGCAGAUCGCUCUGUGGGAUCAGGAGGAUUUAGCCAUGCCAAUUGUGGAGGAGGACAUAGACGGGCUAUCAGGACUGUUAUUUCCUUUCUAUGAUGCUGACACACACAUGCUGUAUCUGGCAGGCAAGGGAGACGGAAACAUUCGUUACUUUGAAAUCACCACAGAGAAGCCAUAUGUUCAGUACCUAACAGAGUUCCGCUCCCCAGCUCCGCAGAAGGGACUUGGUGUGAUGCCAAAGCAUGGACUGGAUGUAGCAGCCUGCGAGGUGUUCCGAUUCUACAAACUUGUCACCCUGAAAGGCUUGAUUGAGCCCAUUUCCAUGAUUGUGCCUAGACGAUCAGACACGUACCAGGAGGACAUCUACCCGAUGACUGCAGGGAUCGAACCUGCCCUGAGUGCCGGUGAAUGGCUGAGUGGCAUCAAUAGAGACCCAGUCCUGAUGUCCCUGAAAGAUGGUUAUCACAAGCCCAACCAGUUAGUGUUCAAGGCUCCAGUCAAGGAGAAAAAGAGCGUCGUUGUCAAUGGGAUUGACCUGCUGGAGAAUGUUCCGCCAAGGACGGAGAAUGAGCUUCUGCGGAUGUUUUUCCGGCAGCAGGAUGAGCUGCGGCGGCUUAAAGACGAGCUCACCUCUAAGGACGUGCGAAUACGCCAGUUAGAGCUGGAGCUCAACAACCUUAAGAACGUUAGCCCCAACAACGUCUGACCUCUCAGCUUCUGGACUGGAAAAGCUGCUUUCUUUGCCCCCAAACCUGACCUCCAACAAAGCCUCUGAGCCCACCAACCUCCUUUUUUUGAUAUGACAUUGUAACAUACUUUUAUUCCUGCUACACUGCAUAGCCUAAGCAAGAGAAUAUAGCCAUUAGUGUGUUAACUGAUUCAAUCACUAGAAAUCUCUUAGUGCUAAUAGGUAAAAGUAGUUGAGAAAAGAAAGUUCAGGGAUUUUCAUGUUAUCUGAAGGCCAAUCUGUUUUUGGAUUUUCAGUUUUUAUAAAUGUACAUUUCUGGCUUUAACAUACUAACGUUUUAUUGAAUUAACCGGGUUGUUUUUUUUUUACCUGUUGGUCUCACCGUGUCUGCCUGGAAAUCCUUGCAAAAAAAAAAAAAAAAAAACAAGAAAAAAAUUCCCCUACCUUUCCUUCAAUACCAACCAUCUUCGUGUUUUAUCUCUCCUAGUCUGCUUGUUUUUCCCCCCAAUGGCCUUAGACUCUGCUGCUUACAGCCAUGACUUCACAAGCAGGAAACUGACUAGAAGUAGUUUUGCAAAAGCUGCUCUCACCCACUAACCCAAAUUCAUAACGUAUAGCUCCAGAAAUGCAAUGCCUCAAGGGGAGCAGAUGGCUCACCUUUCCUUUUCUUUCUACAUGCUUAAAGUGGGGAAAAGCAAACAUGUCGGCGGUUAACUUUAUUCUGUAUCAAUGCAACCAUUGCUGUUAUCUUAGGGCAACAUUAGAUGUUGGGGGUGUUGUAUAUUUGCUUCUAUUUAUUUGGCACAUUUUCUCUUUCUACCUAAACAACUUGUAUAUUUGUUUAUCUUGUUGUUUUUUUAUUACUUGACUGCACAAAUAUUGAUUGUGAUCCGUCAUAGAUUGUUUCAUCAUUUCCUUUUGAAAUGGUUUAACGGUUUUAGUUAUUUAAGUCCCAACAGCUUAACUAUUACAUUUUUUUGUCUUUGACUGAAGGAUAUUGCUAUUAUUGAGAUGUGUUUGACUCAUCUGCUGCCAGUCAAAAAUUAGCUUAAAUAAACACUUAAAUAAACUCUUUGUUCCCCUUUUGGUUUUAAAUCCAGACUAACCUGUAGUUCUACUCUUUUGGCACAAUUAUAACAAGCUGCAAAGCCAUAAUAUGUUUAUCUUUGUUUUUGAAACAAAAAAUAAAGAAUCUACAUUUAAGUAAGAACUUAUGGCCACAGAGUGUAGUAGUGGUUUCAGUUUAAGAGCCAAAAAUAAGCAAAAACAACCAGAAAUUAAUAAUAACUUGUAUGAACAAAACUGCUGCAGGAAAUUAGAUGAUUGUGCUGAGGAACACGGAAACAUGAAGUCUUGGCUGUCGUAUCAUGUCAGGUCACUUUAUACAUGUGUGCUACUAAUUACUGAUCCGACAUAAUGAAACAUUCAAUGUUGUUAUAACUUAAAGUCUCACUGAUCAUCUUUUGAUUUACUUUCAAUGUGUUUCCAGUUGUCUUUUAAUUAUGAUUAUGCUGUUUUUAUCCCAAAUCACAAAACCUGUGUUGUUUUUUAGGACAUAUAAUCUGCAGAGCGACUGUAGUUCAUUAGAAAUUCACCUCUAUGUUGUGCGAGGAACUGUUGGCAUGGAGUGAGCCUUCCCCUACUUCCCAACAUUCCUCUGUUUACACUCUCUCCUGCUAGCUUAGUCUCUCACACACCCUACCUAAAAUUACCGGCGUCACAAAAAUGGCGAGCUAUCCAGCCAUACAGUUUUAAGUGAGAUGCCAGCUCCAACGAAGAAAACAAAGACGUACAUUAAAUUCCUGAUAUAAUUCAUAAGUGAAUGAAUUCAUCAUUCAUGCGCGCAGAUGUCUGGCAAGAAUUUCGGCCAACGGGUCUUAACGUGAAAUAGGCUUUGAGCUGUUCAAAAUCUUUGGUCGGUUGAGACCAAGAAUUGGUUGGUUGUUGGAUAUUAUACGUAGUUUAUAUGCAAUUAUAACGUAAAUUGUACACAAUGGUGCGUGAUAUUUGCGCGAUGCAUUGGCAAAUUUGAGGCCCUCCGCAAAAGAUCCAUAUGUCUAUGUACCGGUAUGUCUAACAGACUUUUCCCACAUGUGCCAUCAAUGUAUAACUUUUAUAUCGCACAUGGCGAUAUAGAACAUAGUUGAUGCAAGUUUUACUAAUGAUUUGCAUCCAAACAGUGCAACAAUCACACAUGGUUCACAUUGUACAUUGAUUUAUAUGUUCUUUGCGCAGUUUAUUCAUACUUUUUCCGUAGUUUUAGUAUGGUUCAUUUGUGAUCCAUCUGAAAAUUUCAAGUAAAGAACACUUUUCUCCCUUUGUCCACAUAUGACCAAUUUUCAUCUGUACAAUAUGCGCCAAAAUGUACCUAGUGUUUGUGCGACAGCUUUUGUAUAGGGAUGUUAUACUGCUUUGCUAAAAAAUAAUUGAGGUAUUGUUUUUGUUUUGAUCAGUUGCAUUGACUAGUGACUUUUUUCAUAAUCUGCGCACAAACAAAUCCUUGUACUUCUCAGUAUUGCGACACAAAGACCAGACAGUUUAUAUAAAAGGGAUUUAUUGAAGUGAGUGCGAGGGGAAAAAACAAAACAAAACAAAAAAAUUUGCCGAUGACAGUGGAUUGUUAACAGUGAAGUCACUGAGGUAGGCCAAUUUGACCAUUGUGUACACUAGAGAAAACAUAAUCCAUAAUAUAACUUGACCUUUUUUGAGCCAAUACAUUUUAAAUUUACAUGAGUUGUAGUAGGAACCUCCUUUCAAAGCGUGUAAUAAGCUACAAUACCACAACUAAUUCAAACAUUGCAACCUGUGGAUACGAGAUAACGACGUGGGAGAAAAGCAACGAGUUCUGAUGGUGGAAACUCUCUUCAUGGAAAAAAAGGUUAUGCAUAUAAAUGUUCAAAUUCAAGAAAAGAAUUGUUACACUGCGCAUCUAAGAUAAAGCAUGAAUUUAUUUGUUUUUAUCACAAUUUCACCUCAGUUGUCUGUUCAAUGUCUGCCAUCAUCAAAGUGAAUACAAAAAAAUAGAUUUGGUCAGUAUUUACAAGAACACGUAAUUUCCAAACUAUCAAAGCUGAGGGUUCUAAAGAGGAGGAGCGGCUCUGACAAGGGCAGACAUGUUUUUUUUGUUUUUGUUUUUUUUUUGCUAUAAUUUAAAAAGAUGCACCGUGAGGGUCACACUGUGCAUGAUCAGACAGAAGUUCCACGCCGGGGCAGCAGAGUAUUGGCAUAAGGGUGACACUACAAACACAUAACUUACAUUAAAAAAAAAAAAAACUAAAGUACAAUGCAAAAAGAUAAGUU